CAAUGAAGUGAGAGACUGAUAAAGUCACACAGAAAACAGUCACUCCAACUUACGGAUUAUAAAGUGAUGUUUCAGUGUGGCCCUCCUCAAUAAAAAUGGCAGGAGUUCCUGGAGUGAGAGCCCUCUUCACUGUGCAGCGAUUGGUGACAUUGCAGCACAGCUUUUUUGGCUUCACUCCAAUACAUUUUGCGUCAGCCUGCUUCCCCAGAAGGCUUUACAGUACUUCGACAGGAAGUACUGAAACAAAGCCGCCGCUAAACCCGGAGAAUGAAUCUCUGCUCGAGAACUUGAACCUCAUGGGAGUUGACGUGAGGAUGGCACGCCAGCGUCAGCCUGGGGUGCUUCGUAAAACCUUCACUAAUGAGCACGGCCUCGCUCAGUUCCUGCAAGGAAAAGGUGCCAGCCGCAAAGUCAUUGCUGGCAUAAUAUCCCGUUAUCCCCGAGCCAUCACUCGCUCCAUUGAACACUUGGAACAACGCUGGCAGCUGUGGAGAAACAUCUUCCAGACAGACGCAGAAAUCAUAAGCAUCCUGGAUCGCUCACCUGAGUCGUUUUUCCGCUCCAGUGAUAACGACAACUUGGAAAAGAACAUAAAUUAUCUGGUCUCACUGGGACUAAAUGCCAAAGACCUCCACCGGCUGCUGACCACAGCACCGCGGACAUUCUCCAACAGCUUAGAGCUCAACAAGCAAAUGGUGGAGUUUCUGGAAGAUAUCUGCACAGAGCUCGGUGGAAGUAACCCAGAGCAGUUUGCAAAAAUGCACUGA